CCCCUCCUCCUCUCUCGCCUCUGUCUCUGUUCAGCAGGAUGCUGCUACUUCGCUUGCAGUGCCAACAGCUGAAGUCUGCUUCCUGAGUUUCCCUCCAACCUGAGAGAGUUACAGGAACAGAAAGGAAGUGCGUGUUACAUGAAGGCAAGGGACAGUGUGUAAUGUACGUUUGUUAGAGAGAGCAAAAGUAAAGAGAGAGAGAGAGAGAGAGACUAUGGAAUGCUGUGAUGUCACCAGCUAAGUCAUACACAAAGGCAAGAAGGACACACAAGCACUUUCUCUCCCUCUUUUAGUAAAGUCUGCCGUGGAGCGUCCGCACCCAGCUCGUGUCCAGUUUAUGGCUGCUAAUUAGUGAUGAGAGCUUGUGUGUGGUGAACGGACCGAGCUGGGCUUCCUCGUCUUUACCACCGUCAUCCUUGUACUGAAGGACUGUUGCUGAAUCUCAGGAUAUAAUCGGGAGAACCACACACACGGCCAUGCUGCAGCAGAUCUUAAACGACAUGUACAUCGACCCGGAUGUGCUGGACGCUCUGAACGACGAGCAGAAGAAGACGCUCUUCCUGAAGAUGCGCGAGGAGCAGGUGCGCCGCUGGAAGGAGCGUGAGGACAAGCUGGAGAGGGAACCACUCGAACCCAAACCAAAGACAGGUAAUAGCAAGAGUGUUAGUUGGCUGCUGGGACGAGAUGGAGACGUGCAGGUCAUUGUCAUUGGAGAGAUGGAUGAGCUCAAAUCCUCCAAGAUCAUCUGUUCAGGGUUUGGAGAGAGAAAAACUGCCAGCGUCCUCAACAAUUCACGCAACCAUCCCAGCACUUUGAAGAGCAACUUGAUAAACCGAUCAGGGCGAGAAAACCUUCCUCCCAAAGCACCGUCAGGAGUUCAGCUGAACUUGAAGGACAACAGUGACAAAGAGUUUAGGACUCUGGCGCCUCCACAGAUACCUGAAAAUGAAGAAAAACCAUCAGCACCUUCAGAAAAUGUAUCCCAUCAGCCUCAGGAAGCCAAAGAGAAGGCUGAGUCAGGACACUCGGAGGAUGACUCAGCAGUCUUGUCCUCAAUUUGCUAUCGGGCCCACUUGAGAUCUUGCCUCCUGACACCCUCGGCUCUCAGCAGACCUGGCUAUGUGGACAUGGAGGACAGAACGACCAAUCAGCUACCUGACACCUCCAGAAUCCAUCCCCAAGACACCCCCAAACCACAGAUCAGCAGAGUUGAUUUCCGAGUGCUUGCUGCCUCUAAACGGGCGUUUUCCGUGGAUGUGGAGUCUGAGGUAGUUGAGGAGAGUUGUUUGGGACGGGGACGGGUUGCUCAGCUCAUGAAAACCUUCAGUUUGUCCAGUGAGUCACCACACUCCCAAGCACCGCCCCAUGGCAACAAACCUCCAAUCCCGCUAAAGCCUACUCACUUGAGGCUCCGCCCCUCACCCUCUCUCAGGUAAUCAACAAGGGACCUGCAGUCAGGACACCUGGCCAGGGGUGGUCUUCAGUGGCUACAUUUGAAGGGUGUGGGUGCUUAGCCUCUCUCAGGAACUUGAAUGUUUAGUUACCAAAGCGAUGUUAAGUAAUUCUUUUUUGCAAUAUGGUUUUCUUUAUUUUUACUUUUUACAUGGGAUGGACAGUUUGUAGAACUUUUCAGCAGGAAUAAAACCUCAGUCAUAUUGCUACACUGCUCAAACGUUCGGCAGUACUGUUGACCUGGCUGUAUCAUUAAACUGCAGAAAGAUGCAUGUUUACAAAUGUGUUUCUGUUUUAAAGGGUCACAUGAAAUCUUGAUCACCAGUAUAAGAUUGAGUAAACUCCUAACAGAACCAGUCUCUUUAAUACAUUUUGCUUCCUUACAUCAUGAAGGCUGGAGUUUUAAUGAUCAAAUUAUAUGUUGUUGUUUUUUUGUUGCAAUAUCUUGAGGGAAGGGCGGACAUUAUAAUGCCCAUAUUUACUGUAAAUUACCAUUUCUUUAUAGCAGGUAAGAUGUACAGUAAGUUGCUGGAUUAAAUUGAACACACAUUUUACACAGUAUUUACUCAAUUCACUGACAAAGUUACAUUUGGAACUGAUAUUACGCAGAAUGACCAGCUGUGCCUCUAUGAGUACUUCAUGUUGCUGGUUUUCUUAUAGCCAUACCUUUACUCGUUUAUGGUCUUAUUAUAUUAUAAUGUAAAAUUUUGGGCAAUCAGGUGAGUAGGGCAGCAGCCACUUUUAUGUAUUUUGUUUUCUCACGGGCUCACAUUUGCUUGCACUUCAUUCUAUUUUUUACGUGUUGUGAUCUUGAAGAGUUUAUAUAAUAACUCUAAGGCUUGAAUGUCCUGUCCACACAUUCAGGAUAAGUGUGGGAUAUUUCCUCUGUAAUAAAAUGAUCAAACCUC